CACAAUUAUGUUAUCCAGCAAAUUGGUUCAUGAAUCAUGCACUGCGAAGCACUUUUUAUUCCUCGAAGAAAACCAUAAACUCGAUUCUGUAACUACUGUAAUUAUUCAUUUAAGAAUUGUUGCGAGUGAACUUAAAAUGAAAGUCGAUCACAUAUUUCCAGUUUUAAUUAAAAUCCUUGUCUGCAUUUCUGUAACAAAUGCAAGUAAAGAAACAAAACAGACUAUUAAAAAAUAUCAAAUCGAAGACGGUUUUACAAGUGAAGAUUUCGAAGAAAAUUCGAGACAAUCAGAGGAUCCUCAAAUUUCAACAAGAUUCCAAAGGAGAAAAGAGAUUGAUAGUUAUGGAAAAUUAGAAGCUAUAAGUGAAAAUUCAAGAUCCAAUGAAAUUCAAGAAGAGGAUGACAAUUCUAAAACUACUCAAAAAUCAGCACUUGUGGAUUAUGUAGUUUCCAAUGGACAAGAAAAUUUUAAUGUAGCAGAGGAUGCUUCCAGAAUGAUGUCAGUGAUUGGAAGUUUAGAAGAAUCGAUCGAAGAUCCAACAGAAAACCGAUUUAUUGGAAAAAAUGGGAAAAACGAGGCGAAAAUGUUUUCAAAGAAUAAGAAUAGUAAAAAUGAAAUCGAUUUUAAUAAAAUGUUGACUAAAGUAAAUAGAAAAUUGAAAAAAAUGGAUGAAAAAGGUCCUCCAGAGGGUAAAAACGAAUCUUCUUUUAUUAGCAGAAUUGAAGUAAACAUUGCAGUGGAUGGAAAUGAAAUAAAAAAUUUGCAGACUCUUAAAAUGAAAAAGAAGACGAAAAAGGUCAUCAAUCCUCAUUUGGGGGAAAAGAAGUCGUAUUUUAAAUAUAAGGAAACUUUGAAGGAAAAGGAAGCUCGGCUAAAUUAUUUAAAGGAAUCUAUUUAUAAAAAUUAUUGAAACAUAUUAUUUACGAGGUAAAUAAUCCUACCUGGAAAACCUGAAAUUGGCAGGACAUUUUUAUAUACCUGGAAAAAUCAGGGUAUUUUUUCUUUAAGUCAAAUUUUUUUUCGAGAGCGU